AUGGCGAAACAAAAGGCUGGACUCGCAGCCUCCAAGGCCGUCAUCGACAAGACCCUCGGUGAUCUCUUUGCCAGCAGCUCUGGACCUGUCAAGGCGCCCUCGGCCAGUCGGUACUCCGAACUGCUCCCCCCGAAGGAGAGAAAGCCCGUCGAGCGAGGCCAGGCCGAGCCAGCCUCCGAGGACGAAGCAGACGAAGAUGAUGAGGAGCUCAGUGAACUGGACGAAGAGCUAGACGACGAGGACGACGAAGACGACGAAGAUGAGGAAGACGGUGCAUCAGACGACGAUGUCGAGGCAUCGUCUGACGACGCAGAGCCGGCCGAGCAGGUCCCAGAGCCCAAGAAGAAGGACCGGAAACGCAAGCGCAAGGAUGAAUUCGAAGACCUCGAAUCCAAGUACCUGAGCAAACUCGCAGAUGACGAGGAGGAGGAGGACGACGUGCCGUCAGAAAAGCGUCGGAAAGGGGAGGCCGGGGAAGCCAUCAACGGAGAGCCCAAGGCCGCCUCUGGGGAUGACCAGGACGACGACGAUGCCCCCAUCGUGCACGAGUCCCUGCUCAAGAAGUCAGACGAGCACCCCGACGUCGAGCUGGAGAAGGCGAAUCGCACCCUCUUCCUCGGCAACGUCUCGGUCGAGGCCAUCAACAACGCCAAGGCCAAGAAGGAGCUCAUGGCGCACCUGGCCUCGCCCCUGGCCGGCCUGGACGCCGCCAGCGGCCCGCACAAGGUCGAGUCCCUCCGCUUCCGCUCCACCCCCUUCGCCGGCGGCGGCAUGCCCAAGCGCGCCGCCUACAUCACCAAGUCGCUCAUGACGGCCACCGCCAAGUCCACCAACGCCUACGCCGUCUACAGCACCCCGCUGGCCGCCCGCGCCGCCCUCAAGGCCCUCAACGGCACCCAGAUCCUCGACCGCCACCUGCGCGCCGACAGCGUCGCCCACCCGACGCCCACCGCCCACCGCCGCUGCGUCUUCGUCGGCAACCUGGGCUUCGUCGACGACGAGACCGUCUUCGACACCAAUGCCGACGGCGAGACCACGGCCAAGAAGCGCACCAAGGUGCCCGCCGACCUCGAGGAGGGCCUGUGGCGCGUCUUCGGCCGUGAGGGCCGCAAGGUCGAGAGCGUGCGCGUGCCCCGCGACCCCAAGACCCGCGUCGGCAAGGGCUUCGCCUACGUGCAGUUCGCCGACGCCAACGACGUCGAGUCGGCCCUGCUGCUGGACGGCAAGAAGUUCCCGCCCAUGCUCCCGCGCAUCCUCCGUGUCAGCCGCGCCAAGGACCCGCGCAAGACGGCCCUGGCCGUCGAGCGAACCACCAAGGCCAAGCUGGACGCUGCUGCUGCCGCCGCCCCGGCCAUCGACGGCACCGCCGGCAAGCCCAAGAGCACCAAGUACAAGCACAAGGCGACACCGGAGCAGCAGUCGCUGGCCGGACGCGCGGGCCGGCUGCUAGGCCGAGCGGGCGCGGCGCGGCAGGCCCGGGAGCUCCGGGGCGGCGGCAAGAAGCCCCGGCACAGGGAGUCGACGCGCACGGGCGCCAACACGGUCGAGAUGGGCGCGGCGGGCAGCGGCGCCGCCUCGACCACCAUCAAGACGCCCGAGCAGAUCGUCUUCGAGGGCCGCCGUGCCAGCGCCAAGGACGGCAAGCCCAAGGACCUCAAGUUCGGCAAGGGCAAGGGCGCCGGCGGCCGGAAGCGGCCCCUGCCGCAGGCCAAGGGCCGCGGCGCGAGGAGGGCCGCCGAGUGGCGGAAGAAGGGCUCCGCGAGCUAG